AUGCAGAAAGGCAGACUUCCUCAUUCAUGUUUCAUGCUACUUCUCCUUGUCCUGCUUUCUACCGAUGCUUCAGACCCUGCAGAACGGCAGUAUGUGGUGCUUGUCCCCUCCCUGUUGUACACUGGGACCCCUGAGAAGGGCUGCCUCCUUCUGAGCUACCUGAAUGAGACAGUGAUUGUAAGUGCUUCCUUGGAGUCCCUCGGGGGAAACCAGAGCCUCUUCACUGACCUGGUGGUGCGGAAGGACUUAUUCCAUUGCGUCUCCUUCACUCUCCCAAGGAUCUCAUCCUCUUCAGAGGUGGCAUUCCUUACUGUCCAGAUAAAGGGACCAACACAAGACUUUAGGAAGAAGAACACAGUGCUGGUAAAGAAUGCUCAAAGUCUGGUCUUUGUCCAGACAGACAAACCCAUCUAUAAACCAGGACAGACAGUAAAAUUCCGUAUUGUCUCUGUGGAUGAGAAUUUUCACCCCUUGAAUGAACUGAUUCCACUGGUGUACCUUGAGGACCCAAAAAGAAAUCGAGUUGGACAAUGGCAGAGUCUCAGGUUGGAGAGUGGCCUCCAACAGCUGGCCUUUCCCCUCUCGUCUGAGCGCAUUCAGGGUUCUUACAAGGUGGUGGUACAGAAGGAAUUGGGCGAAAGGAUAGAACACCCCUUCACCGUAGAAGAAUUUGUGCUUCCCAAGUUUGAGGUCAAAGUUCAGGUGCCAAAGAUAAUCAGUAUCCUGGAUGAAAAAGUGAACGUAUCAGUAUGUGGGAUAUACACCUACGGGAAACCUGUCCCAGGACUUGCAACUGUAAGCAUGUGCAGAAAAUUAUUUCAUCCCACUUAUUGUCAGAAGCCAGAGUUCUGUGAGAAAUUCACUCAACAGCUCAACAGCAAUGGCUGCAUCACCCAAGAAGUAAAAUCAAAUGUACUCCAGAUUAAAAAUAUGGGUUAUAAAAUGCAACUUAAAGUGGAAGCCAAGAUCAGAAAAGAGGGAACAGACCUAGUAUUUACUGGAAAUGGGACCAGUGAAAUCACAAACAUUGUAACCAGACUCAAGUUUGUGAAAGUGGAUUCACACUUUAGACGAGGAAUCCCCUUCUUUGGACAGGUGCUUCUGGUGGACGGGAAAGAUGUGCCCAUCCCCAAUAAACUUGUCUUUAUCUCUGCAAAUGAAGCAAAUUAUCUUUACAAUGCAACUACCAAUGACCAGGGUCUUGUUCAGUUUUCAAUCAAUACUACUAAUAUUUUGGCUAACAAAAUUUCUGUCAUGGCCUACCACACACAACCUGACUUGUGUUUUAACUCUGUAUGGCUACGAGAGGAACACCAGGCAGCUCAGCACAUUGCAAAGCAUGCUUUCUCCUUACAUGGGAAUUAUGUUCACCUGGAACGUGUGGCUGGUACCCUGGCCUGUGGCCAAACUCAGAUUAUCAAGGCAUACCAUAUACUCAAUGGGAAGGCCACUGGGGAGCCAAAGGAGCUCAUUUUUUAUUACCUGAUCAUGACUAAGGGGAACAUCGUCAGAUCAGGGACACAUGCUGUGCCUAUACAGCUAAGAGACAUAUUGCAGAGAAGAGAGGUCAGUGUGGAACUGAAAGCUUCUCCAGCCUUCCUACAAUCCCAAAAUGAGAAGGGAAAAGAAUCCUAUUGCAUCUGUGCAAAUGAGCGGCAAACCCUGUCUUGGACAAUAACUCCUAAAACUCUGGGGAAUGUGAACUUCUCAGUCUGUGCAGAGGCGGUGCAGUCCCCAAAGCUGUGUGGAAAUGAGGUUGCUGAGGUCCCUGAGAUUGGGAGAAAAGAAACAGUCGUCAAAAUCCUGUUGGUGGAGCCUGAAGGUAUUGAACAAGAAAAGACUUUCAACUCUAUGACUUGCACUUCUGGUACUGAAAUAUCUGAGCAGUUAUCCCUGAAGCUCCCACCAAAUGUGGUCAAAGAAUCUGCCAGAGCCUCUUUCUCAGUUUUGGGUGACAUACUAGGUUCUGCCGUGCACAAUAUACAGAAUCUCCUCCAGAUGCCCUAUGGCUGUGGAGAACAAAACAUGGUCCUGUUUGCUCCUAACAUCUAUGUCUUGAACUAUCUGAAUGAAACCCAACAGUUGACUCCAGAGAUCAAGUCCAAGGCCCUUGGCUAUCUUACCAGUGGUUACCAGAGACAGCUCAACUACAAACACCAAGAUGGUUCCUAUAGCACCUUUGGGGAACAAUAUGGAAGGAACCAAGGUAACAGUUGGCUCACGGCCUUUGUACUGAAGACUUUUUCCCAGGCUCGAACCUACAUCUUUAUCGAUGAAGCACACAUCACCCAAGCCCUCAUGUGGCUCUCCCAAAGGCAGAAGGACAAUGGCUGUUUCAGGAGCUCUGGGUCACUCCUCAACAAUGCCAUUAAGGGAGGAGUAAAAGAUGAAGUGACCCUUUCAGCCUACAUUACUAUUGCUCUUCUGGAGAUUCCUCUUCCAGUCACUCACCCUGUUAUUCGCAAUGCCCUGUUCUGCCUGGAGACGGCCUGGAACACAGCAAAGGAGGGGACACGUGGGAGCCAUAGCUACACCAAGGCAUUGUGGGCCUAUGCUUUUGCUCUAGUGGGAAACCAGGAUAAGAAGAGAGAAAUACUGAACUCUCUUGAUGAGGAAGCUGUGAAAGAAGAUAACUCAGUCCACUGGGAGCGACCUCAGAAACCCAGGGCACCAGUGGGGCAUUUUUACCAACCCCCAGCUCCCUCAGCUGAGGUGGAAAUGACAUCCUAUGUGCUCCUGGCUUACCUCAUGGCCCAGUCUGCCCCGACCUCAGAGGAGCUGACUUCUGCCUCGCACAUCGUGAAGUGGAUCACAAAGCAACAGAAUUCCCAGGGGGGCUUCUCCUCCACUCAGGACACAGUGGUGGCUCUCCAGGCUUUAACCAGAUAUGGAACAGCCACCUUCACCAGGACUGAGAAAGCUGCCCAGGUGACCAUCCAGAAUUCACAGGCAUUUGUCACAAAUCUCCAAGUGGACGACAGCAACCUCCUGUUGCUGCAUCAGGUCUCAUUGCCAGAGCUGCCUGGGGAAUAUUCCAUAACAGACAGAUGUGUGUAUCUUCAGACAUCCAUGAAAUACAAUAUUCUUCCAGAGAAGGAGGACUCCCGAUUUGCCUUGAAGGUACAGACUGUACCCCAUACUUGUGAUGCACCCAAAGUUCACACCAGCUUCCAGAUCUCACUGAAUGUCAG